CUUUAACUGUGAGUAAAUCAUUACAGGGGUGGAUAGAGUCCAGUAAGAGCGCUUCUGAACCCUUUCACUCCAACACACAGUUUUUUGGGGGGGUUUUCAGAAGAGCAGAGAUAUUGGAGACAAUGGCGCGGGACAAUAUCUUGACGGUUUUGGCUUUGCUUUGGUUUUAUUUUAACGGUGGACAUGCACAAACCGAUUCUAGUGUCCCGUGUGAUGACAGGCGAGUGGAAAGAGUGGUGAAUUUAACUCUUGGGACACAUAAUAAAAUGAUCACCGAAGGAGCUCAGCUGGCUCUCUAUGAGAUCCUGGAGGCCACCAAAGCUCAGAAUGAAUCGGGGGACGUUUUGUUGGUGCGGUUUUCCAGCAGAGAAACUGACUGUCCUGCUGGAGGAGAGAAGACUUGGCAUGAGUGUGACUACUUACAGCAAGCAGAUAAGGCUCUCAGGAUCUGUCAUGCCAAAGUCCAGUUUACAGAAGCAGGAGAGAAGCUGCUGCUGCAUGACUGUUUAGCAGAGCCAGCAAUCAUCGCCAGCGUCGCUCCUUGUCUGGGCUGUCUUGAAUAUAUCGACGUGCAUAAAGAAGAGCUGAGAGAGCCGCUCAUCCACUCUCUGUCCAAAGCCAACAGCAUGAUCAACCACGUGCAUUUCUUCAUCUUCAAGGACCUGACGUCAGCAACUAAACAGGUUGUUGCUGGAUUCAGGUAUAACCUGCAGUUUGAGAUCGAGAAGAGCAACUGCACAAGGCCAGAAUUCAAGAUAGUAACCGAGGAGUGCCAUCCACUGCUGGAGAAAACGGAGGUUUUGAAGUGUAACUCCAGUGUGGAUGUGGCUCCUUGGAGACAUGAGGUUCCAGAAGUGCACGUUGUAUGUGAGGCAGGCGUCUCGAAGAGCGUCACCAGGUUCAAACGGCCCCCAGGCUGGUCUCCCCUAAGGAUGCUCCCAAAAACCAAAGAGUCCUCAGAGGAAUCCAAGGAGAGCAUCAGUCCACCCAAACGCAUCCCGCUGAACUGUCCAACCAAACCCUGGAAAGAGUUCAAGCCGAUCAUCGCUCCACCAAACGCCACUGAGCCCUCAGAGCCAAACGCAGACACCGCUCUCAGCGACCUGGAUUUGAUCAGCUGAGCUCAGUGUUUAAAUGAGGAGCUGAAGUAAAACAGGAGGAAAGAGAGAAGUCUAUUAAUGUGUUUUGUGGAGUUUUGAAUAAAGUGUCAUUAGUUUCAUUGGUGGAUUCGCCAGUAAUUCACAGUACAUUGUCUCAUAUUUCACAAUAAAGUGACUAAUAUACAAAUA